UGCGGCACUGGUUUGUUGUGCUUGGAGAAGUUAAACAUGGAGUUAUUUUGGUUGAAUUUGGACGUUUGACCCUUUUUAACAUAAAAUAUAUGACCAGCAUGGUGCUAUUUAUAUCGACUGAUUCAACAACUUAACAUGGAGUUCAGUUUUAACGUCAAUCACUUACUGUCGGAAACGAUUACGAAGUUAGACUGUAAUAUUACACCUGCCAGGAGAAAUGCAGAAGGAUAUAGCCACCAGGUGCUUCGGUCUCAGCUCUUGGAGGUUAUUGAUCGGAUGGGUGAUGCAUCAUCCAAGGCACAAGGUCUGUACACAGUGAUCACGACUGGCCGUAAGCUACAGCUCUCUGACCACAUACUCUUCAUCAUGAAGGAUGCCUCAGGAAAUGGAGGCCGUGGAACUGCUGUUGGCAUUUUGAAAAUCGGACGCAAGAAGUUGUUUGUCUACAGCCACCAUGGCGCAGUGCACGAGAUGGAGCCACUUUGUGUGCUUGACUUUUAUGUGCAUGAGUCACGACAGAGGAUGGGGUGUGGGCGAAAACUCUUUGACUUCAUGCUUCAGGAUACAGGUGUAAAACCGGUCCAUUUAGCGAUUGACAAGCCAUCGUUCAAAUUUAGCCAGUUCCUGGCAAAACACUUCAACCUUAGGGCCGAAAUCCCUCAAGUGAACAACUUUGUGGUCUUUGAAGGAUUUUUUGUUAAUAGGCCAGAAUCAACAUCCCGCAGAAGGUCGGGUCAAGGGAGACCACCACUUCCAAGAAGACGAGACCCAAGGCUGAAUUAUCUACUUGAUGACAAUCUCCUAGAUGAAGAGUUGCCACGGUCGAAGACCUACAGUGGUUAUAAUGGCUAUGGCCUUCCACCCCUGCCACCCACCAAUCAGGGCCUGGGUCAAGGGUCAAGCAAUCAGAACAAUGGGCUGGGCAGUAGACCACCAUCUGGUUCCUCGGUGAAAAUGAGAAGUCCCAGUGUUCUUUCUACUCCGAGAAGAGAAAAUGGGGAAUUUGCUAAGAUUGGGCAACUGAAGCCACUUGCCAUCGAAGAUAUCGAGCUUCCAAAUGAGACUCAGAGUGGCAGCCUGCAGGAAAUUAUGUCAAGUAGAUCACAGAACCAAAGUCGAUUCAGAAAGACAAAUGAAUCCCCCAUCGGUGGUGCACAGGGGUCGCGGCCUAACAGUAGCAAUAUUACAGCAACCAAUGGAAUCAAUGGAAAUGGUGAACACAACCGGAACAAUAAUUCUUUCUUUAGUGAUGGGUUGUUGUUGAAAAGGGGAGCCUCUGCACAUGAUGCUGGUCUGAAUCUGCACCAGGAGUACCAGGGGCGUAGGGGCCACUUGAGAACUAGGCCUACUCUAGAAAUGCCAAUAAGAAACCCCUUUCUAUCGAGGGAGGAGGAGGUGAAGAGUGCAGUGGCCAAUGGCUGGAAACCGGCCGCCGACCAACGCAGCUGGACAGUGUUUGACAAUGAUCCCACCUACCUGUCUAUAGCCUCCCGCAACUACACUCACACACGACUGUGGUGAUCUAUGCGUGCAUAGGGAGUGUUAGUGAUGUUGGAAUGUCUCUUUGUUUGGCUCAAGGAAUGGCCUAUGUUGAUUGAAGGACAUCAUACAAGUUGAGUGGUGGCAAAAUCUUAUAUUGUAUCUUAUUUACUUGUAUCUUUUUUUCUUAUUUAAAUGCUGCUAUUCAACUUAAUUAUAUUAACCACACUCUGGGUAUACUAGGCUUAAUGCAUGUGCAAAAGUGGCUAUUAUUUAGAAAAGAUCAGGAAAUUUGUUUAUGCGUUUAUACAUGCUCUGAGAUGCCUAGGUUAAUAUCAACAAUUUAUUGUGCCACCCUGCUCACUGAAAGGAAAGAUUUCCAGAAGACUGAAUAGCUGAUGUUAAGAAAUAUACUUGAAAACAUAAAAAAAUAACGCCUGUCUGUUUUUUUCGAGUACAUUAAUGGAUCUAAUUUUAUCUGUGCCCGUUCCUAUGUACGUACGCAUGCCCCUUGCAUAAACCUUUUGCGGCAUAAAUACCUUGGUGGUAUUUGAUUUAUGUUGACAAUAGCUAGGUCCUUUUAAAAUUCUGUGUUAAUUCUUUUCAUUAUUAUUAAAAAUAUGCUUAUAAUCAAGUGUUUGUACAACAGUUUAUGUAUUUAGGCGUUUUGCAAAUAAGCAUAUAGGGUUAAACAUGUUCAAUUAAUUUAAGUGCUCUAUGACUUCCAGUUGCAGGUUACAAAUCCUUUUCUGGAAAGUAUUGAUACUGUCUACAUAGUUUUGUCAGAAUUAUAUUGGAAAAUACAAUGUAUAUGCUAUUACAAUCAGUUUGGUAACAUUACAUGUUUGUUUCUAUUCAUCUUCAAUUGUAAAGAAUAAUCAACAAUUGCCAAUUAAAAACUGCCUGCAUCUUGAUGUUAUUUUGUUCAUUGUUUUCAUUUUUUUUAUGAUAAAAACAACAAAUAUUUUUAAACUUCAAAGUCAUGUGUUUUGUAACUUUAAGAAUCAAGAUUACUAUUUUCAAGGAAAUGUAUAUUUUAUUUAUGGAACUAAUAUCCUGUAACAAACUAAUUUGUGCAUGUUAACAGACACAAUAAUUUGCUUAUUAGAUGAAUACUUUUAGGGGUAAACACUUAGUAUAAAUGUUAAUAUGUAACUAAGAUUUUAAUUGGACGGAAGUUUUUUAUUCAUUGCUUAAGAAAAAACAUGUUUUUUUCUUGCCAUGGUUUGUAUGUUAAAUAUAAACCUGUUGUUGAAAGUAAUGCACUAUAUAUGUAUAUAUCCAGUAAUGACUUCUGUAUAUAUGAUUUCAUAGUUUAACAUUAAUAUACAAGAUUUUAAAUUAUUUAAGCCUGUGAUAUGUUAAUAUCAAAAUGAUGUCAGCAAUAUUGUUUUGUGCUAUAUGUGUGUCAUUAUAAAAUGAACCUUUUUAUUGAAAAUGUAGUUUAAUUUGUAAUAAAUUAUACAACACUAGGUUGUAAUGCUUUUAGAACUAACAAUGCCAGUAGUUGUUUUCAGUACAAAUCAUAUGGGUGCUGAGCAUGAAACUAGUAUUUUUAUAUGGAAAUAUGAAGCAGAGAUAUAAUGGUUUCAUGUUCAACUCUGAAAAUUGAGUAUACCUU